AUGGGGCUGGAUCCGCGUCUACUGCGCGGGCUGGUGAAGCGGCGUCUGCUGAAGCCCACUCCCGUGCAACAGUACUGCGUGCCGCUCGCCAUGGAGGGGCGCGACGUGGUGGCGAUGGCGCACACGGGGUCGGGCAAGACUCUCGCGUACCUGCUGCCGCUGCUGCACCGCGUGCUCGCCGACAAGGACUCCGCGCCCGCCGCCCCUGGCGCGGGGGGGACCUGCCCGCGCGCAGUGGUGCUGGUGCCCACGCGCGAGCUCUGCCAGCAGGUGGCGGACGAGGUGACAGCCAUGGCGCAAUACUGUGGGGGCGCGAUCACAGUGCAGCGCCUCACCACCGGCAUGAACAACAGCGCCAUGUUGGCUAGCACACUGUUCCAUCAUCACCCAUGCCGUUCCCGUUACUCUCCGUUUGUGUUACCCCUCCCUGCAGCGAGCGGCGAUGGAGAGGCGGCCAGACGUGGUGGUGGCGACGCCGGCGCGCAUGGCGGCAUGUGUGGCGGACUGCAAUGGCAUGUGUGGUCCCCUCUUGAGUCAUCCUCCAAGCCUACCCCUCCGUUUCCCCUCAACACCCCACCACCCCUGCAGCGAGCGGCCAUGGAGAGGCGGCCAGACGUGGUGGUGGCAACGCCAGCGCGCAUGGCGGCGUGUGUGGCGGAGGGGGUGCUGUCGCCCUCAGCGCUCAAGACACACCUGGCUGUCAUGGUGCUGGACGAGGCAGACGUGCUGUUAUCACACGGGUACUACAGUGAGGUGCAGGCCAUAGCGCGCCACGUGCCUGCCAGCUGCCAGUGCGUGCUCCUCACCGCCACCUUCAGGUCUGCAGGGUCCCUCCCCUCAUCCCUUCAUGCCCGCCUGCCUGCACGCCUGCCUGUUUGUGCUCCAGAUAAUCUCUCCCAUCACCCUCCGUCUCCCCCCAACUCCCGUCUUCCCCCACCCGCCAGUGACGACAUAGAGCGCCUACAGAAGCUGGUGCUGCAUAAUCCAGUGGUCGUGCGACUAGGGGACAGCUCAGGCCUCCUUGAGGAUGCCCAGGGGGAUGCUGGGGUUGCUGGGGGUGUGGGUUUGGGAGUGGAAGGAAAUGCAGCAGCAGAGGCAGCUGCAGCAGGAGAGGCAGCAGAAGUAGGUGCAGGAGGUCAGGGUAACCAGAACCAGUCUCUCCUGCCGCCCAAUAUUCGCCAGUUUGCCGUCCGCUGCGAGGAAAAGGACAAGCUACUCCACCUGCUCGCGCUGAUUCGCCUGCAGCUGCUGCAGAAAAAGGUUCUCAUUUUCACCUCCACUGUCGAAGCCGGUUUCCGGGUGAAACUUUUCCUCGAGCAGUUUGGCAUCCGGGCAGCCGUGCUGAAUUCCGAGCUGCCCGUUGCGUCGCGGCUGCACAUCCUGCACGAUUUCAACGCCGGAAAGUUUUUCUUCCUCAUUGCCACAGACGAUGACAAUGGGGGGCUCAAUGCUAAAGAUAGUGGGAAGCAGGGGGAUUCUGGUCGGGACGCUAAGCGGCAACGAGUAAGGAUAGCUGAGGGAGGUGAGGGAGGGAGGGAGCAGGGAGAAGAGGAGGUGGAGAGGGAUACGGGGGAGUACGGAGUGGUGAGGGGGAUAGACUUCAAGAACGUGAGGACAGUGAUCAACUACAGUGUGCCGAACCAGCUUGCUCCAUACGUGCAUCGGGUGGGGAGGACCGGCCGAGCCAGCAGCGUUGGCAUGGCAAUAACUCUGGUGUCCCCAAAAGAGGUUCCGCUAUUGGAGGUACUAGACAGGAAGAUUGCCCAAUCCAUGGCAUGUGCGACCAAGUGUGGGGGUGGCAGUGACAGCAGCAAGGACCGCCCACAUCAUGGGAGCGAGCAUGGGAAGAACGGGUUGAGGGGGGAACGGGGGAGAGGGAGCAGUAGGAAGCGAGCAAGGGAAGGAGAGGAUGAGGAGGGGGAUGUGAGUGAAGAGGAGGGGGAAGUGGAGGAGGAUCAGGAGGAGGGUGAGGAGGAGGGAACAGAUGAGGAUGAGGAGGAAUAUGAGGAGGAACAGGAGGAUUCAGAUGAGUCAGGGGAAGAAGAGUCCGAGGAAGAGGAAGAGGAUGAAGAGGAGAAGGAAGAAGCAAAGCCAAAGCCGUACGAGUGCAGGGCGAUAGUGCCGUACCCAUACCUGCCGAAGGAGGGCGUGGAGGCUCUGAGGUACCGCGGGGAGGACGUGGCAGGGAAGAUCACACGUGUGGCCAUCCGAGAGGCGAGAGCCAAGGAGCUGCGAUGGGAGAUACUGAAUUCAGAGAAGCUCAAAGACCACUUCGACCUCAACCCAAAAGAUAGAGACCUCCUGAAGCACGACAAGGUGCUGGCCAAGGUUGCCCCCUCCCCGCACCUCAAGGUCCUCCCAACGUACCUCCGUGCCGAAGCUGUCACGGAGGCUCGGCGCAAGUUCCUAACCGAGCUUCCCCCUGCAGAGCAAGACAGCCGGGAUGGGGGGAAAGGGGGGAGAGGAGGGAGAGGAGGGGGGUUUAGCAGAGAGGAGGCAGGGGCAGAUCAAACGAUCCGUUGGAAACAUGCGCGCAUGCUCUUUGUGGUGUACCUACUAGUUGCGAAAACUCUAUUCUAG